GGGCCACGUAGUUCUGUUAAUGGCGAGGAGGUGAAAAGGGGAAUCUCCUCUCUGCCCAAUAUCGAGGUUCCCGUCUCACUGGAGACAGAAACUGGCGAAGAAUAAGUAGUGUGUGUGUGUGAGAGAGAGCGAGACAGCUCUGGUUAUUUCUUCUCCUGCCUUCUCUCCCGUUGCAUAAUCGUGGAGAUUGUGAAAGUUUGGGUCCAAUUCCCGCGGGGAAGCUUGGUGUUUCUGGACGGUAGGUUGUAUUUUUGUGGGAAAUUUGCUUGUUUCAAGUUUUUCCGAUGGCUUGCGCGUCGAUUCCGACGGUGUACACGGCGAGGAGGAGCGGAUUUUGUGGUGAGAGCCUGGGGUUACCGGCGAUGCUCCUCCGUGGAGGGAAGUUGGGAGUUCGAUGCGGUUUGGAGACAAAGGUUUCGGAUAUGAGUGUUAAUGCUCCGAAAGGUUUGUUUCCACCAGAGCCAGAGCGCUACAGAGGACCCAAGCUUAAAGUAGCUAUUAUUGGAGCUGGACUUGCUGGGAUGUCUACUGCAGUGGAGCUUCUGGAUCAAGGUCACGAGGUUGACAUUUAUGAAUCACGUUCCUUCAUUGGUGGAAAAGUUGGUUCUUUUAUAGAUAAGCGUGGGAACCACAUAGAGAUGGGACUUCACGUAUUUUUUGGUUGCUACAACAACCUUUUCCGAUUGAUGAAAAAGGUGGGGGCUGAUCAAAAUCUCCUGGUGAAGGAUCAUGUGCACACUUUUGUUAAUAAAGGGGGAGAAAUUGGUGAGCUAGAUUUCCGGUUUCCAAUUGGAGCACCAAUUCAUGGAAUUAGAGCAUUCUUAACUACCAAUCAGCUUCAGACAUAUGACAAAGCAAGGAAUGCAUUUGCUCUUGCAACAAGUCCAAUCGUGAAGGCACUUAUUGAUCCUGAAGGUGCGAUGAAGGACAUUCGGGGCCUUGAUAGUAUUAGCUUCUCCGAGUGGUUUUUGUCCAAAGGUGGAACGCGUUUAAGUAUCCAAAGAAUGUGGGAUCCUGUUGCUUAUGCCCUUGGAUUUAUUGAUUGUGAUAAUAUAAGUGCCCGUUGUAUGCUCACUGUUUUUGGCUUCUUCGCCACUAAAACGGAGGCAUCCCUGCUGCGUAUGUUGAAAGGUUCUCCUGAUAACUUCUUGAGUGGUCCCAUACAGAAGUACAUCAUUAGUAAGGGAGGAAGAUUUCAUCUUAGAUGGGGAUGUAGAGACAUUUAUUUUGAUAAAUCCAUUGACGGGGAAACGUAUGUUACAGGCCUUGCACUGUCAAAGGCGACAAGCAAGCAAACGGUGCAAGCAGAUGCAUAUGUUGCAGCUUGUGAUGUCCCUGGAAUAAAGAAAUUGCUUCCAUUGAAGUGGAGACAAUGGGAAGCUUUUGACAACAUCUACAAGCUGGUCGGAGUGCCAGUUAUCACUGUUCAACUUAGAUAUAAUGGUUGGGUUACAGAGCUUCAAAAUGUGGAAAAAUCGAGGCAACUAAGAAAAGCGGCUGGAUUGGAUAAUCUCCUUUACACCCCAGAUGCAGAUUUUUCUUGCUUUGCUGACCUGGCACUCACUUCGCCAGAGGAUUACUAUAUUGAAGGGCAAGGCUCACUGAUCCAAGCUGUGCUGACACCGGGUGAUCCAUACAUGCCUUUUCCGAAUGAAGAAAUUAUUGAUCGAGUACAGAAGCAGGUUUUGUCUUUGUUUCCAUCUUCCCAAGGAUUACAAGUUAUAUGGUCUUCAGUUGUCAAAAUUGGGCAAUCUUUAUAUCGUGAGGGUCCUGGAAUGGAUCCUUUUCGACCUGAUCAAAGGACGCCUGUAAAGAAUUUCUUUCUUGCUGGUUCUUAUACGAAACAGGAUUACAUUGACAGUAUGGAAGGGGCAACUUUAUCAGGAAGACAGGCUGCAGCCUACAUCUGCAACUCUGGGGAGGAGUUGGCAGCUAUCAGGCAGAAGCUUGCUGCCUAUGAGGCCCCAUCAAUUCCAAAAAGUACGAACACAGUUGAUGAAUUAACCAUGGUCUGAAGCCCAAAGUUGGCAUCUGUGUACUCAUGGCCAUCAUUCCUUUAUGUAUUUACUGUAACUUCAUUGUCACAAUUCCAUGUAAUUCUUAUAGUUUCUCUCUCUCUUAACUCUUAAGUAAGUUUUAUAUGAAAAUCCAGAUAGGCAGUGUGAUUUAAACCUAUAGAA